AUGGCAGAGGCAGCCCUCGCAAUACCUUCGAUGGUCGACGGCCUUAGAUCUGGGCAGAGGAAGGUUUUGUUCUGCGCGCUCAAGAGAAAUUUGAUCCAAGAAGCUACUGUGGCAGAGUUUGCUGGCUAUGUGACAGAGCACUCGGCAUUCGACCACGGUCUCCGUCAGCCGAGUCCAGCAAGCACAAUCAUCGGGAUGGCUCAAGAUUUUGUUGGCAGCAACAAUAUCAAUCUUUUGAAGCCCCGUGGCCAGUUUGGUACCAGACUUUCGGGAGGCAAAUAUCCGGGUAAGGCGCACCACAUCUGCACCAGUUUGGCACCUAUCACCCGUUUAAUUUUUCCCAAGGACGAUGAUGUUCUUCUCAACUAUCUGAAUGAAGAAGGGCAAUCGUUUGAACCCAGUUGGUAUCUUCCGGUCAUUCCCAUGGUUUUGGUCAAUGGAUGUAAAGGCUUUGGCAAUGGAUGGAGCAGCCAUGUCCCAAACUAUAAUCCAAAAGACAUCAUUGCUAACCUGAAAAGGCUGCUACAUGGAGAGGCAAUCGUACCAAUGGUCCCUUGGUACAAAGGGUUCAAGGGCUCUGUGAAGGAGAAAAGUUCAAAGGCAGCUGGUGUCAGAUAUACCAUCACUGGUAUUAUAGAGGAAGUUGAUGUUACCAAGCUAAAAAUUACUGAGCUUCCCGUCCGAUGCUGGACUUACGAUUACGGACAAUUUCUUGUAUCCUUGUGUAAGGGCAAGGACAAGGAACCACCGUUUCUGGAGGAAAAAGGACUUGAGAAGACAUUCAAGCUGACAACCACAAUAGGAACAACAAACAUGCGCUUGUUUGACUCGGAUGGUAAAAUUCGAAAAUACGACUCCCCAGAGGACAUACUUAAAGAGUUCUUCAAACUGAGGCUUCAAUUUUAUGGCAGAAGAGAGGCAGUAAUGCUGCAAAAUAUUGGGGAAGAGUUGUUGAAGCUUAAGAACAAAGCGAAGUUUAUUCAUGCUGUUAUCUCCGGGGACAUCGAACUGGUUAAAAGGAAGAAGACAGAGCUAAUCCUGGAGCUUAAGCAGAAGGGAUAUGAACCAUUACCAAAGAGAAACAUUACCGCCGAGCCAGUUGCUGUAGGAGGAGCUACAGAAGUGGAAGCAGAAGGAUUUCAUGUGAUCGAUUAUGAGUAUCUUUUCACAAUGACAAUAGGUACAUUUACUCAUGAGAAGGUACAUGAGCUCAUAGCACAGCAGAAGAAAUUAGAGGACAAAGCUGAAAGUUUGGGCAAAGCAACUCCAAAAACUUUGUGGUUGAGAGACCUAGAUGCCCUUGAAAAGGAACUUGAUGCGAUUGAUGCAAAACUUGAGGAGAUGAGAUGUCGGCGGCAAAAAGACUAUCGAGGCGAGAAGGUGUCUGAAGCAGCAAUAUCAGCAGCCAAAUCUCACAAGGCAAGUGCACCAGUUGCGGUGAGAGAUGACGAGGAUGAAGUGCUCGAACUAAAAGAGUGUUUCUCCUCUCCAAAACAUAGUGCCAUGGAAGAUGAGACUACACAAGGAGAACAAAAAGGACAGAAGAGGAGGAACGAGCCAAGCAAAAUAGAAAACAAUUCUAGUGCUCCUCCAGGGAAGAAGGUGCGAAAAAGCAGCUCGGUUUUGUAG